UUCUUCACCAAACUGACAAAAAGCAGAAACUGUCAUGCAAAUAUGCCUUGCACAGUGUGACUCUUCUCGUCUCACAUCGCACCAUCCCCCCUCGGCCUCCGUCAACCCCACGUUGACCCGCCUGUGGAGCCCUCGGCUGUGUCCUGAAACAGAUCGCCCAUGGAGCUUCUACGUAAAUACAUGUGGCUGUGGGUGAUCUGUGGCAUCCUCUUUGUGAGCCUGGCGAUCAGCUUCAUCUUCCUCCUCAUCAACAAGUGCUUGUCCAGAGGAGGCAAACACAGAGUCUCACAUCUCCAGAGAAGAUCGGCCUUCAACGUCGGGAGCAACAAUUACAAGGAGAGACAAUUUGACGGCAACGUUCCUGCUCUUCCUCCUCGGACACAGUUUCUCAUAGAAGAGGCCACAAACUACGAAAACCUGGCUGAGCCACCUGCCCACCAACAGAACAUCAACCACCACCAACAGAACACCAACCACCACCAACAGAACACCAACCACCACCAACAGAACACCAACCACCACCAACAGAACACCAACCACCACCAACAGAACACCAACCACCACCAACAGAACAUCAACCACCACCAACAGAGCGUCAACCACCACCAACAGAACACCAACCACCACCAACAGAACAUCAACCACCACCAACAGAACGCCAACCACCACCAACAGAGCGUCAACCACCACCAACAGAACGUCGACGACUACGAGCAGAACAUCAACCACCACCAACAGAGCGUCAACCACCACCAACAGAGCGUCAACCACCACCAACAGAACGUCGACGACUACGAGCAGAACAUCAACCUCCUCGAGCAGAACGUCGACGACUACGAGCAGAACAUCAACCACCACCAACAGAACGUCGACGACUACGAGCAGAACGUCGACGACUACGAACAGGCCCUUCCGGAAUACGAGCAGGACGCGGUCGAGCAGUUCGAGUAUGUGCAGGUGGACGGCGAGCAGGACAUCGUCCCUCCUCCUCCUUCUCCUCCUCCUCCUCCUCCGCCUCCUUCUCCUCCUCCACCUCCUUCUCCUCCUCCUCCUCCUCCGCCUCCUCCUCCUCCGCCUCCUUCUCCUCCUCCACCUCCUUCUCCUCCUCCGCCGCCUCCUCCUCCGCCGCCUCCUCCUCCUCCUCCGGCGUGCGACGGCCCAGAUCCGGCCGACAGCGACUCUGAGGACUACGACGACAUCGGAGCCGAAGACGAAGACCCGGAUGACGAGGACUACGACGACUUGGGAUAAACCCACAACGGGAGAGAGAUCCACUAGAAUGACACUUUUAGACUUUCUCAUCUGGAUCCUGCUGAGCACAGAGACGAGGACGAUUUUACCUCACCACAGAAUUCCUUGUAUUUUAAAUAAUAUAUAUAUACUAUUCAUGAUCAAGGAAAUAGUUGUAUCUUAUUUGCACCAGCUGAGGGAGAAAAGCAAAGCAAGAGGUUUGGUCCUUCUCAUAUUACUUUAGUAACUUUGGUCCAAAUUAUUUCAUUUUUAAGUUUAACCAACAUUGCUGACGUGGUUCAAACUGUUUCGUUAAAGGUUUUGUUUUUUUACCAAGUCGUACUUCUCAACCGAUCUCCGCCAAACUUGAGCUGCUUUCCAAAACCUUUCCUGAGGGGCUGUGUGUGACAACGCAACUGUCUGCAAAUUUUCCUGCCAGACCCCUUUGUAAAAAAUUCCGGAAAACUGUGAGAAUGAGCCCACGUGAGGAUGGAUCAGGAAAAACCUCUGGAACAUUCGCGGCGAGCGAGUACACGCCACCCCGCGACCGAAUGUUUCCCGGGAACAUGUCCCUGCCGCUGUGAAGGCAUCUGACUCGGACCAUCUCCCGCUUCCUUCUCCGUAUGUUGAACGGCAAACUCUGGUAGAUGUCCGGAAAAUUGGGUCCGGAUAUUUUCGGGCGUUCGUGCCCGAAAAAAGCUUUUCUUGAUCGAGAUCCACCAGAACAUCCACGUCGUAUAAACGUAUAUACAAUGACUUUGUAACAAUGAGAAAUAUUGCUAAGGACGUUUUAAAGGACACACGUUCAGGUUCAACUGCAGAAACUGUCUGGAAACUUGGGUCUGGACCUUCUUCCAGUGGCUGGACGGGGCCUAACACGUUGGAAUUUUUUUUCUUCACUUUCUUAAACAACUGUAGGUUUUAUCGUCGUUUACGUUAUGAGAUCAACCUUUCUUUCUUUUAUAUUUCUAUUGUAAGAACCAGUCAAUCAUGUGAAGGACUGCUGGGGGAUGAGAGGGUGACUCAAAGCAGAUCAAUGAAAUCCAAAAAUUUCAAUAAAAAGAGACAAGAAAUGUAACUGCAA